GCAGGGGUGCUAGAGCUCUUUUCACACACGCUGUACAGCAACAAUAAUAUUUGGAGAGUUACAAGUGGCUGCGGUGUGCAGCACAAACCGAGACGCAUGACCAAUGAGCUCUCUCUUGCGCACAUACCCUGAUUUCACUUGACACUGAUCAUCGGUGUUUAAAGCUCAGCAGCUCACUGAAGUUGGUGGCCAGAGUGGAAACGGUGAAAGAUGGGAAUGAAGCUAGAAGGCAGUGCGGGUGCUUAGUUUUUUUUUUUUCUUUUUCUGAGGACGCACAAGCGGCGCUUCGUGCCAUUGCGCACAACUUCUUCACUGCCUGCAAACGCACCGCAGCCGAAUUACAGAGUGGACUUUUCAGAGCAGGAGCAGAGAUGGCUAUACUCAUUAGUUCUUUGAUAAUUUUUACAAAAUUCAUGCUUUAUUCGAAACUUACAUAUUGCAUGGAGGUGGACGUCUGCAUACCUGUUCGCGUGGAUCACCAAAAGCAUGAAAAGCAUGUGCACCGGCGUGCAGAGCAGAUGAAUGAGAGACAGAUUAUUUUUAGACUAAGUGCAUUCAAACAGGAGUUUUACCUCCACCUAACGCCAGAUUCUAGUUUUCUUGCAGCGGGAAGUUUGCCGCCUGAGAGUGGCUCCUCAGCAUCUAAUGGCUCUGGCACCGCUGACCUCAGGGAAUGCUUCUACUCCGGUGAUGUCAACGCAGACCCGGACUCAUACGCUGCACUCAGCCUGUGCAAAGGUCUCCAAGGAGGAUUCUCCUAUAACGGAAUGCAGUAUUUCAUCAGCCAGAGCAGGACUGAAGACGCAGCAGCCGAUAGAUAUGGAAACUCUUUGGACAGGACGCAUGUCAUCCGCCGGAGACGCGUUGCGCACUCAGGCGGCAACUUCACCAGCAGGUGUGGAGUUACACCUGACUCCAACCUCAACAUUUCCCUGGAGAAAUACAAGCACAUGAGCGAAGUGGAGAUUGAUGGCUUAACUGAAACUGUGUUGAAAACAUUGGGGAGGUCCAAGAGGUUUGCCUCCAUCCCCAGGUUUGUGGAGGUGCUGGUGGUGGCAGAUGAAUCUAUGGCCAAAUUUCACGGGGAUGACCUGAAGCAUUACCUCCUGACCCUGAUGUCAGUAGCAGCCAGGCUUUACAAGCACCCCAGCAUUCUCAACUCCAUAAACAUAGUGGUAGUGGGCUUCAUGGUGAUAAAUGAAGCUGACAAGGGACCUAAGGUUUCCAGUAAUGCAGCCCUCACUCUGCGCAACUUCUGCUCCUGGCAGAAGAAGUUGAAUAAACACGGUGACAAGCACCCAGAGUACUGGGAUACUGCCAUUCUGUUCACCAAACAGGAUCUUUGUGGGGCCACAACAUGUGAUACACUGGGGAUGGCUGACGUUGGGACCAUGUGUGACCCAAAGAGGAGCUGCUCUGUCAUUGAAGAUGAUGGCUUACCCUCAGCUUUUACAACUGCACACGAACUUGGUCAUGUAUUCAACAUGCCCCAUGACAAUGUGAAAGCAUGUGAGGAGGUAUUUGGGAAACUAAAGGACAACCACAUGAUGUCUCCCACACUGAUUCAGAUUGACAGGAGCAGGCCCUGGUCUGUGUGCAGCGCAGCCAUCAUUACUGAGUUCCUGGACAGAGGUCAUGGAGACUGCCUGCUAGACCAGCCUCAGAGGCAGCUGUCUCUCUCAGACAACCUGCCUGGUUCCAGCUACAGUCUGCACCGCCAGUGUGAGCUCGCCUUCGGCCACGGCUCCAAGCCCUGCCCAUACAUGCAGCCCUGCACCAAGCUGUGGUGCACUGGGAAGGCCCGCGGCCAGCUGGUCUGCCAAACCAGACACUUCCCUUGGGCAGACGGCACCACUUGUGGCAACGGCAAGGUUUGCUACCGAGGAGCCUGCACUGACAAGAACAGCACUAUAAACACCAAGGUGGAUGGCCGGUGGGGGAAGUGGGGUGCUUUUGGAGACUGUUCCCGAAGUUGUGGUGGAGGAGUUCAGUUGGCCAAGAGAGAGUGUAACAACCCUGUCCCAGAGAAUGGAGGCAAAUACUGCUACGGGCUUCGCAUCAAAUAUCGCUCCUGUAACAUCAACCCUUGUCCUGAAACAGGUAAGAGUUUCCGUGAGGAGCAGUGUGAGGCCUUCAAUGGCUUAAACCUGAACACCAACAGACUGGGUUCCUCUGUGGUUUGGGUUCCCAAAUACUCAGGCAUCUCUCCCAAGGACAAAUGCAAGCUCAUCUGCCGGGCAAAUGGGACUGGAUACUUCUAUGUCCUUGCUCCAAAGGUUGUGGAUGGGACACCCUGCUCUCCUGACACCUCAGCUGUAUGUGUCCAAGGAAAAUGCAUCAAGGCAGGCUGCGAUGGCAAGUUGGACUCUAACAGGAAGUUUGACAAGUGCGGUGUGUGUGGUGGGGACAACCAAGGCUGCAAGAAGGUUUCAGGAAUGUUCACCAAACCUAUUCAUGGAUACAACUUUGUGGUGACGCUGCCUAUUGGAGCUUCUAAUAUUGACAUCCGUCAGCGUGGCUACAAAGGCAUGGUCAGUGAUGAAAACUACUUAGCGGUGAAGAAUCGGUACGGCAAGUACCUGCUGAAUGGCAACUAUGUGGUGUCAGCAGUGGAGCGUGACCUGAUUGUAAAAGGCAGCUUACUGCGCUACAGUGGCACCUCCACAUCUGUAGAGAUUCUUCAGGCCACCAGACCCCUACAGGAGCCUCUGACUGUGGAGGUGCUCUCUGUAGGGAAGAUGACUCCUCCCAGGGUGCGCUACUCCUUCUACAUUGUCAAGGAAAGCAAGCAGGAGAAGACUCUGCGGAAAGAGGAGAAAAGCCACACAGCGCAGAACAGUGUCUUGGCAGACAGUAAUAAGGUAAAAGCUCAGAAGCAAAUGAUGGGUAAGAGGCCAGUCAGUCAUUGGGUAACCGGAAGUUGGGAUUCGUGCGCAGUGACUUGCGGGAAUGGUCUGCAGAAGAGGCUGGUUCAAUGCCAAAGUAUGGAGGGGCGUCCUGCAGUGGACUGUGACAGUGCUGACAGGCCUGUAGCAGUGAGGGCAUGUGGGGAUCCAUGUCCAAUGUGGGAUGUAGGGACCUGGACCCACUGCUCCAAGUCCUGUGGAAGGGGCUUUAAAAGGCGAUCAGUGCGCUGCAUGACUGAUAAUGGUCUGAAUCUACCCAGAGAGCACUGCUCCGGAAGAAGGAAGCCUCAGGAACUGGACCUCUGCAACCUGAAGCCAUGUUAGAAGAGUACAGACAAAGAUUUGACAUGAACCUUAGCUCAAAUCAGCAUGAUAAUGUCUCUAUGGCUGCGUUGGUUGCAAAUGCAGCCUGAAAAAGAAAGCCAAUGAGACAGAGAGGGUCUUCUUCUAUUGUUUGAAAAGACAGAAAUCUAUUUGGAUAAGAGAAAAGAAGGAAUGCUGUCUUCUUGUUAACUGUCAAACCAUCUGUGGCAAGUUUGACUUGUGGUUAGUCUACCUCUACCAGGAAAGAUGACACAAUGUGCAUAUUCAAAGAGUACCAGAGAAGAAAGAUGCAGAGACACUGAUCACACACAUCUGCACUCAAACAGUUUCUUGGUAUCGUUAUGUGUAUAGGAUAAUCCUGCAAAAGCAGAGACAAAGGAGAGACCAAGAACAAACAGGUGAAGCUUUGUGAGGUUCAGCCUCCACGCUCUCACUGUGCAGCAGCAGAUAUCUCGCCUGUGAAUCGACAUUUUUCUCCUUUUUUACUGAAGAGCUAUUCAAAAUGUGAAACACAGUACUGUAUCAUUCAUGCAGAUUCAUGCAGUUUCAACAUCUUUUAUUCAUUUUUCUUGAUUCAGUGUUAUUGGCUAUUGUCUGAUGUAGAAAAAUCAAAACCAGCAGCCAAUUACACUGCCAGCCAGAGUCAGAUCAUCUUAACAAAUAGCUUUACGAGCUUUAUCCUUCCAAAAUGAAAAACAGUUGACGAUCUUCAAUCAAUAUCAAAGAGUGACCAAAAAGUCAAAAAAUAUUUUUUAGAGGAAAAUUACUUAGUUAGAGCUAAGAUGUCGCCACAUUCUAUGUAGAGAAUGUGGGCUGUUUGUACGGUGCAGUCAUAAUGCAUCUGUGUCCGUUCUGUGUAAACUAAACUGACCAAUGCUCAGCUGUUUGUUCAAUGUUGCCAAAGAGUUAUAAAAGUCUUAGUACUGUGAGAGACACCUCUCUGGACAGAAGCUUACUAAUGGUAUGCUCACCACCUUAAGUCCAACUGGAUUUAAAAUGCAUUGUUUUGUCUGCUACAGUAUAAAUGUACAGUAUAUACAUAUCUGCUCUGUGAAUUACUUCAUAGUUGCACCACAGCUUUCGUAUUCAAGGAGUAUCUGUCUACACAGAUGGAGAUAAAAAAAAUAGCAUUUAUGAUAUUCCCCCAAAGACCUUUUUUCUAUGUUUAAAUAUUAAAAACGAUUAACUUUUUGACAAUGAAAAGGGAUGAAAUGUGAUUUCAGUUAGACUCUAAAGGUUUUGCCAAAACCUCAUGGAGGCUUAAAAGGUGGCUGUAUAACAUUGAAACAAAUUGAUGAAUCAACAAAACAUUAAUCUGCAAACUGUAUAAUUAUAAUGCAAAAAUAUCUCCGGUCCUAACUUCUUAAAUGUCUUUUGAGGUUUUGUUUGUCUGACAGAAGAAGCAUCUUGGUUCUUUAAGUUCUGAUUUCAGGUUUGAGGUUUGUAUUUGCUCCUUCUAGAAGAACAGAGUUUUGGUUUGAAAGAUUCAUAUAGAUUUCUCAAACCACUAAACCCCUUCUAUACUGAGUACCUAAAUGUUCAGUAUGCAGUAACUGAUACAACAAUACUAAUAAUAGUUAAUUUAUAGAGUACUUUUCUAGUUAAAAACUCAGAGUUCUUUCCAGAGUUAGGUAAAAGACAGAACAUAUAAAAAGAUAUGAAAGAAAUAAAGCACUCCCCUAAAUAGAAAUGAGCUGUGUGAAAGGACAUCCCAUGAUAAAAUGAAUAUUUAUUAGUUCUAAAGAAAAGUUACACAGUGUAAAAACAUUUAGUUUUUAACCUGUUUAUACUGUAUACUCCUACUCCAGGCCUCUUAUGUGCAGUAUUAAUAGUGCUUCAAAAAUGAAAAAGAUAAAAGAUAUAUAUGUACAAAUUAGAUCUGUUCCAUAGAUCAAGUGUUAAUAGAAUAAUAUUAAUAUUGCUAAUGAAUACACCAUGCUGUUACCCUCCUCAGAGCUCCAUUAUACAAACAAAGAUGAUGUUUGCCAUGUUGCUGUGGCCAUCACAGGCUUCUGGCCUUCUGCUGCAUGGCUGCUUCAUCACCUCCAGCCCUUAAUGGAAAGACAUAAUGCAUAUGUUCUGUAUUUUUCCCAGCUUGUGCAUCAUGUCAGCCUAUACUGUUCCAACCAUCAAAAUGUAUAUGGUCUGUUUAUUUACUCUCUCACAAACAGGAACAAAUCUUUGGUGAUGUAAGAGAAAAUCCACUCUAAAGCACAAUCAAUCACCAAACACCCAUUGGUCUACAUAUCUACAUUCCAUUUAGUUUUAUUUGUGUUGGGAUUGUUUUCAUUGGAUGACUGUUACUGCAUCUCAGCUGAAAAUAUGUGUAGUGACAUAGAAAAUGGAUCAGUAAUCUUAAAAAUAUUUGGUAAAAGUCCAGUUUUGGUGUCACGCCCUAAUAUUUGAAGUGCAAGGGCGUCUGACUCGACCACAUGUUUAUAACAUUCAACAAUGAAACAGACGGACAUCGAGGGAGACGAAUUUCACCACCUGAGAUUCAAACUUUGAAGGCUUCCAAUUUCAACAUUCGACUGACAUCUGGAAUGAGACAAACAUCACCCAAUGAUAGAUAACUAUUUCAAAGUGUAAUUUUAAACUGAUGGACUCAAUGCCAACAAGUCCAGAGGGACCAAUCAUACCAUCUAAAAGAUGGUAUUGUACAGUUAGUUUGUUUUUUCUUUCACAUCAUGUACAGAUAAUGUUAUUUUUAUUGUUGUCUUUUGUAUUGUAUACUAUGUAUACAUUC